UAAGCACGAAGAAGAGGUGCAAUUUUUAUUGUAUUUUUUUUACCCCCUGGCUGUCUUUGAUUUUCUACCGUGCUGCCAUCACACUCAUCUGACGUGUGAAAAGAAGAAACGUUCUCGCAGCGUCUCGAAGUGGACAUAAAACCGUCAAAGCGGACUAGUUUGGAGUUAUUGGGGUUUGCUUAGCUUGCUAGCGGGCAAACGCAAGUUAGCAACACGUCGCUAAGCUAAGAGCUAGCACUACUGCGUUACUAGUUUGGAGUUAUUGGGGUUUGCUUAGCUUGCUAGCGGGCAAACGCAAGUUAGCAACACGUCGCUAAGCUAAGAGCUAGCACUACUGCGUUACUAGUUUGGAGUUAUUGGGGUUUGCUUAGCUUGCUAGCGGGCAAACGCAAGUUAGCAACACGUCGCUAAGCUAAGAGCUAGCACUACUGCGUUAAAAUGCGUAAAGUCGCAAUGUUGAGAGAAUUAAUGAAGCAGCGGCUAAAUGUCGGCGUGGAGGAAAUAUUUCAACAUUUUGACAGAACGAUUUUGGACUAUGAGGAGGAACUUCGUCGAACAAAAGAGGAGAAAGAGCGAGAAGGCAAACUACUGGACGCCGUUUUAAAGUCUCAUGGAGGCUUACGCCGAGCAGAUGUAGAGCAUUUGUUGGAGAAUCCAGAAGAGGUUCCCUCUGAGCAGCAGCAGCAGCAAGAAGAGGAGGGGUGCAGCCCGCGUUGUGGCUUUAUUAAAAAGGAAGAGGAAGACAGCGUGUGGAGCAUUCAGGUUGGGGAGACCGCUUCCAACACGGCCCCUUUGAAUGGUGUCCUUUUGAAGAAAGAACAGGAUGAAGGUCAGUCCUCACAGCUUUGCCACCCAAGUGUGGAGAAGUUAAAUGAAGGCGAAGCUGAUGAAGAACACUGCGAAGAACCUAACAUUGCUUACAUAGACGACACCGUGUCUUCCGAGACGCACAACGAGCCCUUCGUCUGCUCGCAGGUCGGCUUUGCCAACAUGAGAAGGGAGAGACAUCCCACAGAGGCGCGCUUCAGCUGCCCGAAGUGCGGAAAAACUUUCUUCGCCCAGAGACGCCUGACCAGACACCUUUUCAUUCACAUGGGCGCCAGGCCCUAUGUGUGCCCCGUGUGUGGCAGGGCGUUCGUUCACAGCAAACAGCUGAAGAGACACAAGGGCACAGUCCAUAAUUUGUUUAUUUCGAACCAAAAGUUUUACGAAAUCAAUCUGAACUGGAGAGACCCGCGAGGACGCACAUGAGCGAGAAACUCUUCAGCUGCGGGGCGUGCGACAAACGCUUAGCUCAGAAAUAUCGAGUAAGAAAACACAAGUCUGCCACCGACAAGCGCGUGAAACUAAAUAGAUGCAUUUUUUUUUCAUUAUUCUAUAGCAAUUUUUUUUUUUGUCAACAAACUCUAUUCUAGGCUACACAGGUUGAUUCUUAUUCACUGUCCAUAGCGUUUAUCCUCAUGAAGUUUACGGGUGAGCGGGAGUCCAUCCCAGGUGACUUUUUGGGUGGAAGAAGCUGGGUCGCACCCUGGACUGUUUCCUUACCAGUCACAUGCACAUAUUGUUAUGACCCCCGAGUUAUUACAGGUUGUUGUAGUAUUUUUGUUGUAGUCUAUCUCUGUCUGACGGUGGUGCCGUAUUAUUAUAUAUUUGAAUUGAACCACAAAAAGAUGUUGCGAUUGUAAGGAAGCAACGGAUAGCCACGGAGAGCAAACGUCGAUGUCUGUUAGUUAAGAAAGCAGUUCAAGUGGCUUUAGGGUUGGGCAGCCAUUUUGUGAGAGACGUGCAUUUCAUUUUCAUUAAUUUUGGUUGAGGCGGUUUGAUAAAAUGGAUACAUUUAAGUAGAAUUGUGAGCCUACUCUGUGUAUGAUUCGCUAAUAAACUACAAGGCCCCAAACUGAGAAUGUAAAUAAUCACAUACAUCACUUACUGUAUUUGAUUUAAAUAAAUCUUAAUUGCUUUAAAAGUGGUUGUUCACACGUGCACAUUGAAAAGUUAACUGCUGAGCCAGUUGAAUGCUGUUGCUAACCAAAAAAAGCACCACAUUAACAGUAUAUGUUGAGGUUUUGCCAUGUGUUGUAAAUUAGUUCCCUGCAUAAUAUUAAGAUGUCGUAUCAAGGCUCAAUGUUUUUCUUUGAGGAGCAGUUUUGCUACUCAUUUCUUAAUUUGAGAAGCAGCUUUGUAAUUUUGAAGAAUUUUUUUUUUUGCAGGUUGAUAACCGGGAACCGAGGCAAGGGUUUUAUUGAACAAAAAUACGACAAUAUAAUGGAGUAGAAUUUAGGGCUGCAGCUAUUGAAUAUUUCGGUAUUCAAGUAUCCUACUGAAAAUUCGAUGGAACAGUCGAGCAUGUGGAUAAACUAUAUUUUUGCUUGUUUAAAGAGCAAUUACCAAUACAAAAGAGAAAAUUAGACCUUUCACUUAACGUAUGACUAAUUGGUUUCCAUUUUUAGAUAAUGCACCAUUUUAAUUUUGUAAAUUGACGUGUAUAAAUUCAGCUGCUAAUAUUUUAGCAUUUUAUGACAUAAUCAGAAUCAGAAUCAUCUUUAUUUGCCAAGUAUGUCCACAAAACACACAAGGAAUGUGUCUCCGGUAGUUGGAGCCCCUCUGGUACGACAACAGACAGUCAAUUGACAGAAAACUUUUGUGACAUAAAGACAUUGAUUUAAAAAAAAAAACAAAAAAACAGUCACUGAAUGUCUCCAAAGACGAACGAAAAACAAAAACAAUCGUAGAGAGCGCGUAACCGAGGCGACGACGAACAAUUACAAAGACUAUUCUUUGUGCAAGUUUUGGAAGUGUUAAAUUUGUUCCAACUAAAAUGAAGGAACCUCGAGAGAAAACAAAUCCAAAAUCCUCCUGUUUGGGUACAUGAUUAAUUUUUCUUUUAUUCCUCUCUGGCCACAUUUGUACCCGUCACCUUCGUAAUAAACAAGUCCCACAUUUAACGGUACUCAUAAUUAACAGAGACACUCCUUAGCAAUAAUGUUACGUUAGUAAGUUAGUUUAUCUCUGUUAAUUUCACCUUCGUCUCUCAGAUCCCACGACGCGGCGUGUUUGUCAGAGUGAAAGGUCUGUGUUAUAACGAAUGGGUGCUCGUCUUGCAUUUUACUAUGAAAUACUCUGUUUUGCCAUUUUCUGUGUUUCUCUUUCAUUUUGGCGUUGCGUCACAUCUUGCAACUGCUGUGUUCCUGCUCCUUCAACCGAAUCGCUUCACUUCCGCAUCCUACUUCACACGCAUUGGUGACGUAAGCGCGUUGUGUCACAUACGCCCCUGCGUGCGUUUGCUUUUCAAUUGUUUUUUGAGGCUCGAAAUGCGAAUUUGAACUCGCAAACUGUGACGCGAGACCGCUUAAUUUGAGUCUUGCAUAUUCAUCAAUGUAAAUACUGAAUAGGCAUGUUUCAGAAAGUAAUAUUCUGUAUAAUGUACUCAUAGAAUGAUGUUAGAAUGUGUACACACAAAUCAUGCUAAAAACAGUAUUAACAUUUGUUUUUUACUGCUGAAAUACUGCACGUAAAAAAAAAGAUUUUUGUUUUGACUUGUGAGAAAAAACUUGAGAUACAAGUGCUGUAUGGUGCCAGUGACUAAACUCAUUUCGCAACUCGAAUUAUUGAACAAUUGUUUAAAAAAAUGGCUACGAGCUGUUUAUUGACACUCCCAGUUAAGUUUGCUUUCAAAAUAAAAAUAAAAUUACACAUUUAAAACUAUAUAGCCUCGGCUAGCUUAAUGCUAACAAUGGGAAACGCCAUAGAGGUGCUAACAAACAGCAUCUCAUUGGGAGUUUUAUAACUUUUACGCAACGGAUAGCUGAACACUAACUGUGAAGUAACUAUGUAGAAAGGUAACACAAUACUCACAGGCAUGUAUGCUUUAUCCUCUGUGAAGAAAGACUAAUAUUAGUGCGGCUUACUGAGGAAUGAGGAGUCGAUGUGUAUGUCUAUUAUACUGCCCCCAGGUGGUCAGGGCGUGCACACCAGGAGUAGCACAAUGCCAAUUGAAAUGAAACAAAGUUUAAUUUUGAAAGUUUAAUUCACUAUAUUCAAUUGGAAAAAACGAUUUGCGAGUGUUUUGAGUGGUCAGGUCACGGAAUGACAUAAAAUAAAUAUAAAUGAAAGAAAAUAUGUAUGCUGCAUUAGUUACAUAUCAGUAUAAAAUAAAUAUGCAGUAUUUUUUAUUUUACAUAUUUCAUACUGCUGAAAUA